GGUAGCCUAGGUUAGGAAACUGAGACCCAAGAAGGUUUGGUGACUUGUCUCGGUCUCACAGUGUUUCAAGAAUGGAUGAGAUUGUUUCAGAGUUUAUUAGGAGAACUAUUCUGAAAAUUCCAGUUGCUGAAAUUUUGAAAAUCCUGAGAAUAUGGAACUUUAUUCCAGAAAGUCAGCUGAAGACCAUAAACUUUCAAAAAUUCAAGGAAGAUGUCUGCCAGCAAGUGGUUGAGCUUUGUAAGAAGAAACGUGCAAGUAUGGAAGAAGCUGUUAUUUUAGACAUAAUUUAUCAUCAGACUUGCCAGAUCAAGAAAAUUUGGAUUGUUUAUAAAAUGACUAAGACCCCCGAUGAAGAGGUUGAUCUUUCUGAUAUGGAAAAAUUUAAAGAUACUUUUAAGAAAGUUCUUCAGAGGGCCUUAAAAAAUGUACAUAUCAGCUUCAGAGACAGUGAAGAUAAUGCAGUAUGGAUUCGAAUUGCCUGGGGAACACCUUACAUGCAACCAAACCAGUACAAAACUACUUAUGUGGUGUAUUAUUCUCAAACUCCUUUCGUCUUCAUCUCUCACUGCCGUGUUAAGAAGUACAUUCCAGAGCUCUGGCAGGCCCUGAUGACUGCUGGCAAUUACCAUAAGAUCAGACAAAUGGAACUCCGAAGUCUAUAUCUGGAUUCUCUUAAGUCUAUUGUUUUUAAACAGUAUAAUCAGGAUUUUGAAACUUACUGUCCUACACCUUUACAGGAAGGAAAUACUGAGAAUGAAAUAGUUGACCCAAGGAUCAUUAAUGAGAAUGUAAAAGAGAAGGAAAGAAUCCAAAGAGUGACACGGGAAACUUUUGGGGAUUAUGUCCAACCAAGAAUAGAAUUUGCACAGUAUAAGCUUGAAACCAAAUUCAAAAUUGACUCUAAAAAUGGCAUCUUGGCUGAAAGGGAAGAACCUUUCAGAUGUUUGGUUAAAUUCUCUAGUCCACAUCUUUUGGAAGCAUUGAAAUCUUUAGCACCAGCUGGUAUUGCAGAUGCACCACUUUCAUCACUACUUACUUGUAUACCCCACAAAGCAAUGAAUUAUUUUACAAUUAGAGAGAAAUAAGUUUUAUUUUGAAGAAACUUGAGUCCCUUGUCUUAUAUUCUAAAACAUUUCAGUUCUCUUGUAUAUGUAUCUCUCCUUUCUAUGUAUUAAUAUUUCAGUAAUAGUCUUGAGAAAAUAAUACUUGCACUCUUAGUGAACCUGAUUCUUCUCUCUCUCUCUGAAAACCAAAUUGUUCUCCCAACAUGAGAGCAGAUGCAAAUAGGAUUGACUCUAGCAUUGGUACUGCAGCAGGACCACAAGUAUCCUAAAAUGAAGAGGACUGUGCAGAACUUAAGUGUUCUUAAGUUCUCUUAAGUUCUUAAGAACUUUGUGUACUUAAGUGUUCAUAAGCAGCGACUGCCAUAGUUUUUCCAUAUCUGUCCAACCCAUGGUUUUAUAGCUUGAUAUUCUUUAGCCUUGGCUUUCAAGAUCAGAAUCACCAAAAAAUAAACAAGUACUGCACAGAUUUUAUGAAGAGAAUAGGAAAUUGUUCCACUGAGUCCAUUAUACACUCAUAUCAUCAUAUUCCUUUUCGUGUGACAUAGAUUCAGAAAAUCACAGAAACAUGCAUAAACUGUGAAUAGUUUAAUUGGAACAUACUUAUGUUAAUUUUAUGUUUUAUUUUAUUUACAAUUCAUUCAAAGUACAUAUAAACAAAUAAAUAGAAGCACAAUAAAUAAAAAUGUGAAAAAGCUACAAAAAAAAACCAAUGAUAUUAAUUAAACUUAUCUGGUUCGUAUGACUGAAAAAUAUGAUUUUGUGGAAAAAAUUGUUUUACUCCAUAAACCAACAAACAUAAACAGGUAAUAAAUGUUUACUGAAGGAAGUACUGUCAGUAAAAUAGACAGCAACAUUUGUCUUGCAUAAAUUAUAAUUUGGAUGACACUUUUUUCCAAGGGUACUAAUGAUGUCUUAAUUGUUGAAUCUGAUGGCAUUUUCUCUCUUAAGAUCUCCUUGAUCUCUGUAGAAUUUGACUAUUAACCAUUUCCUCCUGUAUAUCAUUUCCUUGGUUUUCAUGAAACUAUUCUGCUGGUUCUCCUUUCUGCAGACUAUUCCUCAGUCUCGUUAAUUAUGUCAUCCAUGAUUAAAAGCCCUGUCCUUGGUCCUCUUCUCUUUAUAUAUCCUCCAUUUUGAGUGUCUCAUUAGCUCUCAUAUUUAAAUAUUGAUCUCUAUGCAAAUAGUUUAUUGAUGAAGCAUUAGUUUCUACUAAGUUUCACAUUUGAACACAUCUUCCUUAUGCAUCACUGAUAUGAAACUCAUCUAAAAUAAAAUUCAUUUUCUUUUCAUACCACCUCCAAACCUGUCCUUCAUGGUACCAACAUCCUGUUUCUAGUUAUUCACAUUCAAAACUUUGUAAUUAUCCUUAAUUCUUCCCUUUUUGCGUUGUGAACUAGAUGAGAUAAAUUAAAAAUAAAUCCAGUAGUAUUUUAUUUUUCCAAUUA